CAGUUUAUCAAUUGAAUAAGGUUGCUAAGAACUUCCAUCAACUAAUCAAGUGGCUGCACUACCCAGGUUGUCUGCAAAUUAGGAGGUCCAACUAAACAGUUAUACUGAACUAGAUGCAGUAACACAAGCAAGAGUGUUUUAAUGAAUGUCGGCAUGCCUGUGAUUUAUAUGAUAGUUCUAUUAAUAAGGAAUUAAAAUCAAGUAACUGACAUUUCGGACAUAAUAUGGCCAAAUAUUUUGUUUAUUUUUGUGUGUCAGCAGAAACAGUUCCCAAAGAAGCCACAGCUGGAUAGUUUGUUUCAUGUUUCCAUGCCAAUGCACAGACUGACUGAAAGUCAGUAGUAAGUUUCAGGGUAACAAACUAUUGGUAGAAUUGGAAUUUUAUGUAGCGCAAACAGACAAGCAGCGUGAAAUAUACCACUGUUGUUAUACUAAAUAGAAGUACUCUUGGGAUGUCACUUGACCAGUCAAAUUACUGGACCUUAUUUAACUGUUGUUUAACAACACUUUAAAUCAAAAGUUGAGGAAGUACCAUGUUAUUCGUGUGGUUUUUCCAUAAUGAAAAUGUUUACUUGCAAGCAAAUUCAGUUACCUGUUUUCAGUUAAAACACCUUCAAUUGCAUGACAGGCAUGGUGUUGGAUUAGUAUUUGCUAUCAGCUAUGCUUGGAAGUGCCAGCACACUUCAUGUUUUUAGUACAGUUUUGCUCCAUUACCUCAUAUGCUGUAAGAGCAUCUCAGAAGGUAUUGAUACUGAGAAGAACCCCUAAAUUUAGAAACUUGAUUGGCAUGAAGGGCUAGGGUCAUGUAGAUAAUUUCAGAAGGGAGAAAGAGGAUUGGUCCAAGGCAGGCUCAUGUGACUUAUCCCACCAGAAAACCCACCAAUAGGAUUCAGCUGGUAAAGCUGCAGUGAGAUUUAUAGUUUUGGCUUGGCUACAACAGGGCUCAGGCUCAAUGUAAAUACAACAAAAAGAAACCUUAGACUACAUGUAGGGAGUACUGUAUAUGUUGGUGGAACCUGUUAACGCUUUGACUGGGGAGGAGUAAAGACAGGAAUUGGGUGCUUCAGAAUCUUUGGCCCAGGCUUGCAUUUUUCACUUCAGGGAUCCAUUUUCUCUCUCAUUGUGUGUAUGUGACUGAUGGGGCGAUACAUCAGCACAAAUCUGGGCACAACCUUUGGGCCACAGAGGUUGCAGUUACUAUGUAGGAUAAGGAACCUGUUCACUAGGAUCAGAGCUUUGUCUCACCUUGCUGGGACUCCUUGUCCCAUUAGGCCCCACAGGUCAUACUUGAACUGCCACUCCUCGGCCUGUAAUUUUGUCUGGAGAAUUUCCCUCAAAAGGUCAAAGGAGAUACCUCUGAGGACCACCUAUACCGGACUGAAAAGCUAUGUCCAAGCUUCUCACAUGUGUUCCACUUCCAACAGGGAGGCAUUUAAACCAGAGGUUCCAGUUAGGGUUUACACUGAUAGUAAGGCUAAUUUUCAGAUGCAGUGGAUGCAAAUAAGAUUUGGAGACUCUUUCAGGCAUUUAGCUCAACACAUCAAUAUGUAUUUUAAGCAGAAAGAGAUGUCUUGUGGUGCUGGUCAGGCUGUAUUUAUGUCUGCACUACAGAAGCCUCUUACUGGAGUGCAGAAACAAGCACUGACCCAAAAUGCUGUUGAGGGCGAAGAGGCUAGAGAGCUUAAACAGGUGCAGUAUCCAUCCAUUAGCCAGUCUGAAGAAUCACCUUUGACCUCAGGAUAUCCGGGACUACAACUGUUUCAUAUGAGUUCUCUGGUGACCAAAUUUGGGGAGAGCUAUAACUAUGUAGCCAGUCACAUAAACUCUGUGUUCUCGAAACAAAUCUGUAUGGAGGUGCCAUCAUCCAGAGAUAUACUUGGAAGAACCAGGACAAUAUCUAGAAGAGUUGCCAAAAAUCAGAGCACAAAUAUCAAAGAAAAUGUGUCUUCAGAAACUGGCCCUACUCACCUUAAUGCAGCCACAGUAGAUGUUAACAACACUGAUGUUUGUAGCUCCUUGGAGGAAGGCUAUCUUCAUUUUGCACGUCAUAUAAACCGAUACUUCGGUGCAAAAGUGACAGAUACUGUAAAGGAAUCAGCACAUCAGCAAGGCAAGGGCUCAGAUACGCACCCAUUUUCAUACUCUCUGGAACAUCAGAAAAGUUGUGAAGCAUCACGGGACACUCUUCCCCUCCGUCCUAAAGCUCUUUUCCAUAUGAGCAACCUCACCACACACUUUGGGGAAAAUUAUGCCUAUAUGGCCACUCACAUCAAUCAGUAUUUCAAAAGCUCUGUAGCUGCAGAUGAGGAAAUGGAGAGAGAGCCAUACAGUGGACAAUCUGGAAGUACUCUGGAGAAACAUACAUCCUUUUUCCAGGGCCUUUUAAACCCCUUUGGUAUUCAAAGCCUUUUGGGGAGCUACCUGGGAAGGGCUUCUAGUAGUCCUACCACUGUAGACCCUGCCCUGGACAGAGUGGCAAUAAGAAAACAGCUGGCUGAGGACAGAACUCGAGUUCUACUGGGCAAGCUGGAGAAAGCUAGGGCACGUUCAUGUAUCAGCUCCUGUGUAGAGGAGUUGAACGCUCACCUAAUUCUCAACCCAGCGUGCAAGAAUGUUGUGUGGCAGGAAAAAUCAGCAAUGCAUAUACUGAAGCAUCGACGGCUAUUUGGGAUGGAUAAGAAACUUCAAGCUGCCAUUAGAGAAACUCUAGCCCUGAUUGGCUAUGUGGAUCCACUCAAAGGUUGGGGGAUACGAGUGCUGUCCAUCGAUGGUGGUGGCACCAGAGGGGUAGUUCCACUGCAGGUACUAAAACAGCUAGAGGCUCGGACAGGAAAACGGGUUUAUCAGCUCUUUGACUAUGUUUGUGGAGUGAGCACAGGAGCAGUUUUGGCCUUCAUGUUGGCUUUGGCUCAUUUCUCGAUAGAGGAGUGUGAGGAAAUGUACAGACGUUUUGGGUCAGAUGUUUUCAGACAGAACCCUCUGGUUGGCACUGUGAAAAUGGGCUGGACUCACUCAUACUACAACACAGAGACAUGGGAGAUGAUUCUGAAGGAGAAAAUAGGUGACCAGCUCCUUGUUAGAACAGUCAGAGAUGAGAGGAGUCCUAAGGUGUCUGCAGUAAGUGCAGUAGUGAACUGGGGUACCAGUCCCAAACCCUUUAUCUUUAGAAACUAUAAUCACUGUCCAGGACGCCUCAGCCGUUACGCGGGUGGAUCUGGGUACCAGCUUUGGCAGGCAGUACGAGCUUCUUCUGCUGCUCCAGGAUACUUCCAGGAGUUUCCCCUAUAUAAUGACAUACAUCAGGAUGGAGGUAUCAUUCUGAACAAUCCCUGUGCUCUUGCUGUCCAUGAAAGCCGGCUACUCUGGCCCAGUCAGCCCUUCCAGUGUGUGCUGUCUCUAGGAACUGGUCGUUAUGAUAAUGCCAGAAGGGGGCCUGCCACGUCCACUAGUCUCAGAGCCAAAAUCAGCAACUUGAUCAGCAGUGCCACAGACACAGAGGGUGUGCACACUCUGCUGGCGGAUCUGCUGGAGCCAAAUGUGUAUUUUCGCUUUAACCCAAUGCUGAGUGCUGAAGUCUCACUGGAUGAAAGCAGGCCUGCUGCUCUGAAGCAACUUCAGGUGGACACUCAGCAAUAUUUAGAGAGGAACGAGCCCAAACUGAAACUGCUUUGCAGUGUACUGGGUGAAGAACGCACAACACUCUGGAAAACUCGGGACUGGAUCAGUGAGAAAGCCUGGCAGCUACAGCAGCGCUGGGCAUGACUGCACAAAUGGCACGGGUUUGAAGAACCACUAAACUUUGCUCUGUUUACAUCUGUGCAAUAUUACAAUGAGGUGGUAUCAAUUGUAAUGCUUCUUCAGUUGAGUAAUAACCUCACAUGAAAUAAACUAUUGUCAAUUAUUGUCACUGCCUCUUUGUCAAGAAGUACUAUACCUGUAGUGCUGCAGUGCAGUGGUGUACACUUUCAGGUCAGUCUUCCCCACUAUACAGGAUCACAUGACUACAUUUAACACAUUUCAGACCUCAUUUGAGAGUACAGAAUAAUGCAUAGUUUUGGGUUUUUCCUGCAUAUGUUGAUGUUUUUUCUUGCCAUACUAUGUCAAUUAUGUCAGAAACCUCAGUAGGUAGCAGCCAUUAAUGUUCCCAGUGUUUGACCAUUGCACUGAAGGCACAUAAGAGUGUCUCUAGAUUUUGAUUAACGUUAUGUGUUGGCUUUAGUACUGUAUUAAUACUGAAGAUUGUUAUAUGUUUUCAACAGUUGGGAGUGCUGUUUCAGAUAAAUAAACAACAGUAGAUUAGUAACAUUCUUCUUUUUUUUUUUUUUUUUUUUUAAUAAUGAUCACACAUUGGUGUGGGGUCUACAUGUUAAAAUGUAUUGUAAAGUAAAAUAUUUGUAAAGUGUUUAUUUUUAAGAUAGUAUGGGAGCUAUGAAUUUAUAAUACAGAUAAUAGAGCAAUAAUUAAUUAUACUAAAAUAUUUGGAUGCUUUGGUUGAAAGUUUUCAUUUCUUUGUAACUACUAAGUAAAUUUGUCAUGUUUUGUAUGUCAGAGAAAUUCCACAUUUAUUCACAGGCAUGAGUGACACAUUUAUAUACUAUACCUUGUAUAGUAUAUAAGAAAUUGUAUAUUGUAUAGUAUAUAUAGUAUUGUAUAUUGUAUAGUACAUAGUAAAUAAUAAAUAAAUAAAUAAAUAAAAAUUAA